AUGGGGCCGUCAUCCCCAUCUCGUUUGUACUCAGAAAGAAUAUAUUCGGCUCAUUGCAACAAAGUAAACCUUCUUGUCUACUCCCAGGCCCUCAACCUCUGCUUGUCUGCUGAGCAGCAGACGGGCAGCAAGGGAUCUGGGCCUUUGCCUCUUUGCCGGCUCUGGUGUCCGUACAGCCUGGAGGAGGCGGCGUUGGUGCAACUUCCAUCUCGGCACGACGUCUUGUCAGCUCAGUUCAGCCACAACGGCAGUUUGCUGCUGCUGCUACUCUCAGACCCUCAGCAUUCUCUUGCGGUGUACUUCAACGUCUCCCAGGCGGUACACAGACAGACGCCUGCCGAUACGAACAUCCAAAACCCUUGUCCACUGCCGCUCUUACAAGCCACCCAUCUCACCCCCUGCACUCGAUCCCUCUUAAAUGGUUUGACCCUUGAGACCUCGACGAGAAUGGCGGGGCAGUGCAGCGUUAACAGAGGCCGCUGCAGGUGGAAAUGCGCGUCGGGUGUAUGUGCACCUCAUUACGGAGGGGAAACACAAUCUGAAAUGACUGCAAGGUACAGCAGCAGCUGCGAGGGCGGGUUGAUUCGCUUCGCCACAUUUGGCUUAGGCCAUCUCCGCCUUUGGAGUGUCAACAGUGACCGGCCUUCUCAACCUCCUUCGCAUAAAAGUUUGUGCAUCUCUCGUAUGGGAGGAGGAGAGGGGAGCCCAAUGGGGCCUCCAGAGGCCACUGCCUGUUCCUUCUUGCCUUCAGGAGAUAUAAUUGCUGCUCUCGCUGACAGACGCAUUGUUGUAUUUAGAGGCCUGACCCCUCUCCGCUCCGUCUCGGUGCCGUCUUGCAGCAGCAAGAUUCUGUUGCUGCAACCGCUGCAGAAGAGUCUGCUGCUGCUGGCGGCGCAGGAGGGUCUCGUACAGCUGCUGCCUCUCAGUGCUUUGACUUCAGCUGGUGCUGGUCAACCCUCUGCACCCCGCAGUUCGGAUGUAUACACACAGCCUGUUCACCAAGAAGACCACCUUGCACCUCCGGCUCCACCUGCACUCCCCAACACCGCCACAUCAACUCGCCUACCUCAGCGUUUCUCCCUUUCCAACCAGCGCACGCUUCAGCGGAGACAGCAGGGAAGCGGAGUGGCCACAGCCUCAACACUCAAAACCAUCGGGAGGCCUCGUUCACCGGGAAGGCCUCGAUCGCCCGUUCCGCCCGCUCCAUUCGCCACAGGGUCGGUGCAUGCACCCGCAAGAACACCGCGAAGCACUUACGGGGACUCUGUGGGCCGGCCUUGGAGUUCCGGAAGCAGACGCCAGUCGCUCUCAAGGCCAGCGAGUGCAGCAGGGAGCAGAAGAAGCUUCACUCGUCGUGCGCCAAAGAACGCCGCAUCCUCCCUCCGCCGGUCUUCCUCCGCCGUCAGUCGCAUCAGCACGCGCAGCAGUGUCUGCAGAAACGGCCAAUUAACUGAACAACAACAGCAGCAGCAGCUGAUGCGGAAGCGGAGUGUAAAGAGGCAGCCCGGCCCUGCGCAGUGCGUAGAGGCGGCUGCCGCUGCAGUGCGGGAGUUGCGGCCCAAGCGGUCUUUGACAACCCUGCAAGUGGCCAGUAGACAGCUGCAAAAAAAUCGGGGGAAAGGAGGGAGCGGGGCGCUUUGGCUGCCUCUGCACAGCUCGCAAAUUAUGGGGGUGUAUUGGAGUGAGCCGUUCCUUCUUCUAUCAACUCGAACUCAAAUGAUGCUCCUAGACGCCUUACACCUUUCAGAGGAAGCUUCUCUUGUUCUGCAAGACAGACCCUUGGGUUCUCUCGAUGUCGCAACUCUCCUCUCCCUUCCCGCCUACCCCGAGCCUCCUGCACCCUCCACACCGCCUCCUCACUGCAGCCUAAAUGCAACACAAGAGCUGCUGCAGCAGCAACAGGGGCUAAACCCACCAGCUAACGAGGCCUCCGUUAUCGUUACUGGAGGCCGGUGCUGCGUUGGAGGAGAACUUCGCCUUUGGGAGUUUCACCCCCAGUCGCGCUCAACGCUUCCUUUCUACUUCAAGUCGCCUAUCACAGCUGUUGCCGCCGGAGCGACAAGAGGCGAAGCUCAAGGGCUCGUUGCUGCCGGGACGGAGGAGGGAACAGUCAUCCUUUUAGCUCUGCAGCAGAACGCCCAAGGAAUACUGGAGCCUCCGGUGUUGUCAUUAGACCGGCAAAUAACCCCCAGUUAG